AUGUCCGAGGCCUGGGUAACACUUGCUACGAACGAUGGCUACGCUCAGGGAGCACUGGUAUUGGCUCAUUCCUUGAAGGCCUCUGGCACGACCAAAAAGCUGCACUGUAUGGUGACGAACUAUGUUUCGGAUAGGCUACGUACUGAGCUUGAAGCACAGUUUGAUGAAGUGAGUCAUGUGGAUGUCUUGGAUAGUAACGAUCAAGAGAAUCUUGCCCUAAUCAAUCGACCUGACCUCGGUGUAACGUUUACGAAACUUAACUGUUGGAGAUUGGUACAGUAUAACAAGGCUGUAUUUUUGGAUGCAGAUACCAUGGUACUGCAAAACGCUGACGAGUUAUUUGAGCGACCAGAGUUCUCGGCAGCUCCUGAUAUUGGAUGGCCUGAUUGCUUUAACAGCGGCGUUUUUGUCUACGCACCAAGUCUUGAGACAUAUCGUCGUCUUCUGGAGUUUGCGUUAUCACAUGGCUCAUUUGACGGAGGCGAUCAGGGUCUUCUCAACGAGUUCUUCGCUGGCUGGCGUGAUUGGCCUGCAAUUCAUCGGCUGCCAUUCAUUUAUAACAUGACAGCUGGGGUUUUCUACAGUUAUGCAGCUGCAUACAGAAGAUACGGUGCCUCAACGAAAAUCGUACAUUUCAUUGGAGCUGAUAAACCAUGGCAUGGUUCUUCAUCGGCUGCUCAGAGUGAGCAUUUGGAGAAGUGGAAGCAGAUUCAUCAGACCAACGUAGCAGCUUAUACUCCCUCACCAUCCGAAGAAGAGAGGCUCCGUGCUUGGGAAUGCGGACAGCCUGAUUUUAUGGGUCGGGACGCGUUUGCGAAUAUCCAAGCGGCUCUCGAUCGUGCUCUUCAGGAAUAG